CCCUCUCCAACCUCUUCCUCUUCACCCUUUAGGUAGUCUUUGAUUUUGCCAACACCAAUGGCAGCGAAGAAGAGGUCGUCGGCCAUCCCAAUGGCAGUGCUGGUGUUGCUGCUGGGGGUAGGCAUGGUCGCCGCGAAGUCGAAGAAGGAGAAGCUCUGCAACAAGGGGUGGGAGUGCAAGGCCAGUGUGUACUGCUGCAACGAGACCAUCAGCGACUUAUUCCAGGUCUACCAGUUUGAGAACCUCUUUAGCAAGCGCAACACCCCCGUCGCCCAAGCAGUCGGCUUCUGGGACUACCACUCCUUCAUCACCGCCUCCGCCGUCUACCAGCCCCUCGGCUUCGGCACCACCGGCGGCAAGCAGAUGCAGAUGAAGGAAGUCGCAGCCUUCCUUGGCCAUGUCGGCAGCAAGACAUCAUGUGGCUAUGGUGUUGCAACCGGCGGUCCACUUGCGUGGGGGUUGUGCUACAACCAUGAAAUGAGCCCGAGCAAGUCCUACUGUGAAGAUAGCUACAUCUACCCUUGCACCCCUGGAGCUGAAUACUAUGGCCGCGGUGCCCUGCCAGUUUACUGGAACUUCAACUACGGAACUAUUGGUGAAGGGCUGAAGGUCGAUCUCUUGAACCAUCCGGAAUAUCUUGAACAGAAUGCAACCCUGGCCUUCCAAGCUGCCAUGUGGAGGUGGAUGAACCCAAUGAAAAAGAAGCAGCCUUCAGCUCAUGAUGUGUUUGUUGGCAAGUGGAAACCCACCAAAAAUGACACCCUAUCUAAGAGACUACCUGGCUUUGGGGCUACCAUGAAUGUUCUCUACGGGGACUUUGUUUGUGGUCAGGGCUCUGUUGAUUCCAUGAACAACAUCGUAUCCCAUUAUCAGUAUUACCUUGACUUGAUGGGCGUGGGCCGGGAGUUGUCUGGUGAUAAUUUGGACUGCGCCGAGCAAAAGGCCUUCAAUCCAUCAGCGGAACAAAGUUCUACUUCCUGAGCUAAAGAUGGAAGAAACUACUGAAGUCUAGUGACAACUCAAUGAGGAUGCUAUAUAUAAAUGGUUGUGUCAUCAUACGCAAUAUUUCAUGUUUCUUUUUUUACUAUUUAAGUGUGAACAUUUUAUAUUGGAGUUGGAAGUUGGAUAUAAAUGUGGUUGAUUAAGUUUUUCUUUUUCUGUAGCUCUGUUUUGUAAAUCAUUACUUCACGCUGGAAGUCCAAUGCUUUCAGUUAUCUUGUAUCUUCAAAAAUGGUCCUAAAACCUAUGGAUAUCGUUCUCACUUUUUGUGAAGA